AUGAAGAAAGAACGUGUUGUUUGGACUUCUGUCUGUCUGCUGCUUAGUCUAGCCUCUGCCCUUAAUGCUGGCCAUGAGGAAGAUGAAGAAUAUAUAAGUUUCACAGAUAUUGAGUUGCCAUCAACGAAACCUUUGCAUUCAUUUUGUGGAAUGAAAGCAGAUGACGGCCCAUGCAAAGCAAUGAUGAGGAGAUUUUUCUUCAAUAUUUAUUCUCAACAAUGUGAAGAAUUUAUAUACGGGGGCUGUGAAGGAAAUCAGAAUCGAUUUGACAGUCUGGAAGAGUGCGAAAAAACAUGUAUAGGAGAUUAUCCAGAGAAGUUUACAAAGGCGAUGUUGAGCAAAGGAAAGCCAGAUUUCUGCUUUUUGGAAGAAGAUCCUGGAAUCUGUCGAGGUUAUUUUAGCAGAUAUUUUUAUAAUAAUCAGUCACAAAAGUGUGAGGAGUUUAAGUAUGGAGGAUGCCUAGGAAAUCGAAACAACUUUGAAUCACUGAAAGUCUGCAAGAUCAUCUGUGAGAAUGCAUGGAAUGAUUCCCAGGUGAAUGAUUAUAAAACUCAGUCCAAUGUUGUAAAUAUUGUUUUGAUUCCCAAACCUACCAAGGAUUCCAGAAUUUUUGUUACAAAAGAAGGAACAAAUGAUGGUUGGAAGAAUGCUGACCAUAUAUACCAAGUGUUUCUGAACGCCUUCUGCCUUCAUGCAUCCAUGUUCUUUUUAGGAUUUGAUAGCAUUUUAUGCGUAUGUUAAUAUUUGUGCUUUUAACAUUUCCUUACUAUUUAUAUCCAUAUGUGAUGCCUUUUAUCGCAUAUCACUAAUAAAGUUUUAAUACUUACAUGCAUAGU